AUGUCAAUUGAUAAAUCAGCAAAAUAUGAUAGACAAUUGAGAUUAUGGGCCUCUACAGGACAAUCCAAUUUAGAAAAUUCUCAUAUUUGUUUAAUUAAUGCUACAUCUACUGGUUCAGAAAUUUUAAAAAAUUUAAUAUUACCAGGGAUAGGUCAAUUUACUAUAAUUGAUGAAAAAAAAGUUACUAAACAAGAUUUAUCAUCGAAUUUUUUUUUGAAAAAUCAAGAUUUAAAUGAAGAUUUAGCCGUAGCUAUUCAAAAAAAUUUAAAUGAAUUAAAUAAUGAUGUUAAUGGACAUGCUAUUGUUGAAUCAUUAUCAACAAUUUUAGCUCAAGAAUCGAAUUUAUUUUGGGAUCAAUUUAAUGUUGUUAUAGUGAGUGAUUAUACUCCUAAUUUAGAACCAUUAAUAAAUCUUCUUUGGUCAAAACAAAUCCCAUUAUUUAUUGUUAAUACUAUUGGAUUUUAUGGAUCACUAAAUAUCAUUGCUAAUGAAACCACGGUGAUUGAAACUCAUGAUCCUUCAAAAUUAUAUGAUUUAAGAAUUGAUCAUCCAUGGCCUGAACUUCAAGAAUUUGCUGAUUCAUUUGAUUUAGAUAAAUUAAAUGAUGUUGAACAUGCUCAUGUCCCCUAUAUUGUCAUAUUCAUAAAGGCAUUAGAUCAUUGGAGAUCACAACAUGAUGGUCAAGUACCUAUAACUUAUGCCGAUAAAAAGAAAUUCCGAUUAUAUGUUAAAUCAUUAUCAAGAAAUUUCGAAUUAGAAACUAAUUUCAUUGAUGCUGAUAAUGCUCAUCUUCGUCCUCAUCAAAAAACUGAAAUCCCCGAAUCUAUAAUUCAAUUAAUUUCAAUAUCAGAAACUAAAAAAUUGGAUGAUUCAACAACAUCAAUUUUUUGGAUUUUUAUUGCUGCUUUGAAAAAUUUUUUAAAUUUAAAUGAUCAAUUAUUACCAUUACCAGGUACAUUACCUGAUAUGGCAUCAGAUACAGAAAAUUAUGUUCGUUUACAACAAAUUUAUCGAGAUCGAGCUUUAAAAGAUCAAAAACUAUUUACCGAACAAGUUUAUCAAAUUUUAGAUUCACUAGGAAGAUCAAGAGAUGAAGUUAAUCAAGAAUCAAUUGCUUCAUUUUGUAAAAAUGCUAGAUUAUUAUUUGCUACCGUGGGAUCUAAAGAUUUAAUAAAUGAUAAAUUAGUCAAUCAAUAUAAUUAUAACCCAACAACUGCUAUUAGUAGUGGUAGUGGUGGUGGUGGUAGUAUUACAAUUUUGGAUGAUGAAGAAAAACAUAAAUUGGGGAUUUAUUUUGGACUUUUAACAUUUAAUUUAUUUAUUGAUAAAUAUCAUUAUAAACCUACAAUCAAUGAUUUUAAUAAAUUUUUGAAAAUUUAUCAUGAUGAAAUUUCCCCCAAAUUUAAAUUAAAUGAAAAUGGUGAAAAAAUUUUUAAAGAAAUAUUAACUCAUAAUACUACAAAUUAUCAUAAUUUAAAUAGUUUAAUGGGUGGGAUUGUUAGUCAAGAAGUUUUAAAAUCUACAACGGCUCAAUAUAUUCCUUUAGAUAAUUUAUUUGUAUUUGAUGGUAUUCAUUCUAAAAGUGAAAAAUUCAAAAUCUAA